AUGUUCAUUCAGUAUCAGAAGAUAAACUGUCCUGGUCGAGGUUUUGUGGAGAGAACUGAGUGCGUUACGGAAUUCAACAAGGCUAUUCAAGAUUACAUUGAUAAAUCAGAUGAUGAAGAAGCUCUUAUCGGUGUACACUGUACGAAUGGUGUGAACCGAAGUGGAUAUCUGAUUUGUCGAUUUUUAAUUGAGCACCUUGGUUGGUCUUCCCAUGAAGCACUCGACGCAUUUGAACGUGCGAGAGGGUAUCCAAUAGAAAAAGGUUCUUAUGUCCAAGCGUUGCAUAAAGCUGCCAUCGAUAGUCGAAAUAGAAGAGAUGUCUCUGACAGCGACUCGGAGGGGCAUCGGCGUAAAUCUAGGAAGUCGAAGAAGAAGCGUGAGAAGGAUGAAAUGGCUAACUUUUCCGAUAGUGCGAGUCAAAUGGGCAGCAUUAUGCAACAAUUCUUCGCUCAACUACAAGGAGAUUACGAGGGUGGCGAGGAAGUUGAAAUAGGAAUGGAGCAACCAUUUGUGAAAUCCACAGCGCAGAAACGUCGUGAUCGACGUCAGCGUAUGAAAAAUAUGUUGUCGGUGAUGAAACGUGGGCGGUUUCAUGAGAUUCAAGAGAUGCAGCGUGAAUUUGUUGCUAGAAGCGUAAUUGCUAGGUAA